CUUAAAAAAUGAAUAUUUGUAAUUUCUAUUAAGCUUUUUUGGACCAAAAAUGGCAAACUGUAGAAGAGUUUUUCUUUCUACAUAUGACUUUCUGCCAAGGAAUCCUUGCCAGGACCACGUGAUCGGCGUUGGCAAGAGCCGCUGCAUCUACAAAUGAACUGGGAGAGCAGUCUAUGCAGAAGGAAAAGCUUUUAUCCCCUGUGUUAGGAGGAGCAGAAAGAGGCAGAGGGUUGCACUUUUAUUAGUUAAGGAACUAAUGCGGCAUGAGUGUAAUUAAUCUACAAGACAUUUAACAACCUAAUACACCCAAAAGACCCAAAAGCUGCUGAGAAUAUGAGUGCCUUCUCUACAGCAGAGAGCUGUCCCAACUGCAGCUCCUCUGCCUACCCAAAGGUGGAUGUAGCCAAGGCAGUGAUUUUGGGAAUGGUGCUGGUGGUGUUUGUAGUGUUCGGGGUCCUUGGCAACAUCCUGGUCAUCCUGUCUGUGUUGUGCCAUCACCACUGGCGCUCUGUGACACAUUACUUCAUCGCCAAUCUGGCAGCGGCGGACCUGCUGCUCAGCUCAGCUGUCCUGCCUUUCUCUGCCACCUCAGAGGCACUCGGCAGAUGGGUGUUUGGCCGGCUUUUCUGCAACGUCUGGGCGGCCCUGGACGUCCUCUGCUGCACUGCCUCCAUCCUAAGCCUGUGUGUGAUCUCUAUUGACCGCUACCUGGCUGUCAGCUAUCCUCUGCGCUACCCCGCCAUGGCGACGGGGCGGCGAGGCCUAACCGCAGUGGCUGCUCUCUGGGGACUCUCUGCAGCUAUAUCUGUGGGCCCUCUGUUUGGCUGGAAGGAGCCCGACCCGGAAGAUGAGACAGUGUGUCGAAUCACAGAGGAGCCCGGCUACGCUCUGUUCUCAGCGUUGGGAUCUUUCUAUAUACCUCUGGCCAUCAUCCUGGCCAUGUACUGCCGUGUGUAUAGUGUGGCAAAGAGAGAGACAAAAACACACAGGAAGGGCAGUAAAGGACAAGGAGUUGAGGUGGAGGGGGUGAUGCUGAGGAUACACAGAGGGAACGCUGCUCAGACGGGGAAGCAGGAGGAUGACAAGGGGAUGAUGAGGCAUAAACGCAACACCUUUACCCUCCCGAAGUUGCUGAAGUUCUCAAGAGAAGAGAAGGCAGCCAAGACCCUUGGCAUUGUUGUCGGGUGCUUCAUUCUGUGCUGGCUCCCUUUUUUCGUGGUUUUACCAAUUGGAUCCACCUUCCCAUCCUGUAAGCCAUCUGAGACUGUAUUUAAGAUAACCUUCUGGCUGGGUUACCUCAACAGCUGCAUUAACCCCAUUAUCUACCCAUGCUUCAGCCAGGAGUUCAAAAAAGCCUUCCUCAAUGUGCUCCGUGGGCGCUGCCUGAGAACUGGGGCUGCCAAACCACAGGGACACAUCACAACCCAUUCCUCCAGUCCAGGCCCAACGUCGAAUACCUUUGUUCUCUCAGCGCAAAAUCAUGUCACUGUUUCCUCAUGGGGUUGCUGCAGGGCGCUAUCGACAUCCUCGUCAUCUGUCUGUGGUCCAGGUCAGACUCAAAGUGCACAAAUCCAAAGUAAGAGUUUGCUGAAGGCGUGGUGUUUCUCAGCAAGUCAGCCUCCCAUACCACAGAACCCCUCAAGUCACCGAUCAACUAAAGUCUUAUGCCUUUCUCUUGGAGUUACAGGAGAGGCUGUUUGAUCAGCAUGUUGAGAUAAUUUGUCCAGAGCAUCCAAUCUUGUAUCUUGCCUCAAGUAAUCUCUUACAUAUGACUUUUACAUGUAUAUAGAGGCAUCAAAGUACAUGGUCAGCCGAUAGUGACUUGCAGUCAGAAGAUAACUCUGUUGCCUUAAGGCUGUAUGCAAGUUUCAAAAACAUGAUUUGGGAAAGUUAAUGAAUAAUAUUUUGUCUACAUCAACAACCACUGCUGAGCUCCUCUUGAACAGGGCACUAAUGUUAAAAUGUUCAAGAGGAGCUGCCCAGUGGCCAGAGAGAAGAAGUGUGAAGUAUGUGUGUGUAUGUGUGUGAAGUAUAAAUGCACAACAGGAGACUUUUGGAAAAAAUCCAAACCUUUUUGGAGAAAAUGCCAAAAAAAAGAAAGCCAGAACCUCUUUUUAAUGCAAGUAUGGACACUAGGUUACUAGGGAUUAC